AUGAAAAAGACAUACAAUCCAAAUAGAGAAUACCUUUCAAUUUACAAAUAAAUUUGUUAGGAAUAACAUGUGCAUCUGAGCAAAGCUAUAACUCAAGGUUUGAAGGAUCAAUCUCUGAGAUUGAAUGCUAUUUUGAUAAGAAUAGAGGAUAUAAUACCAUUAUAAUUAUUAUUGAGUUUGUGCCAUUUUGAUUCAAUAUUAGUGUAUGGAAGAUUGAGAAAGAAAAUGAACAAAAAUGAUUUAAUAAGUUUGGAGGAAUUGCAAUAAAUAAUCAAUGGUAUAUUGACAGCAAUCAAUUUGAAUUUGACAUAGACUCAAUUCAAUUUAAUGCAGAUACACAUCACUGAUUUGAUUUUGAGUCCAAAAGAUUGUGAAUCCAUCUCAUUUGGGUUAAAGAGUACAAAAACAUUGAAGGAACUUAAAAUAACAAAUUGUAGUUUGACUAGCUAACAUUUAUAAAUAUUAUCUGAACCUAUCCAAUAAUGUGUUUCAUUGAAUUUGUUAGAUUUAUCUAAUAAUUUAUUGAAGGAAAAUGCUGGGAUGAUAAUUGGUAAGAUAAUCAGUUCACAUGCAGGUAGAAGAGAUGAAAUGAAAUGGGCUGAGGAAAUAAGAGGUGAUGAGCCUCCUUAAUAGUUGGCAUUGUAAGGAUUAUGUGAGAUAUUUCUGCAUUAGAAUAUGUUCGAUGAUAGAUGUAUUAAAGACUUGUGUAAUUUUUUGAUGUAUGAUUCUUGGACUAAGAAUAUUGGUUUGAGAGAAAAUCAAAUAGGAGAAGAAGGAGUUAGAUUGUUUAGUUAGAUUUUGGAUACAAAUGAAUCCUUAAUCUCUUUAGAUCUGAGAGAAAAUCCAGGCUUCGUUGAACCAUAUUCUAAGGACAUUUUUGACAAGUUGGUUCGGAACAUCCAACUAUUCAAGGAGCAAAAGAAUUAUUACGAAGAUGUGGAAGAGAAUUAGUAAGACGAAUAUCCUAUCAUUUAAGAAUAAUAGCAAGAGGAGUCUGAAGAAUUAGAAUGUCCUAAUUGCAAGGAUUUGUUGAGGUAGAAUAAACAAUUACAAAAGAGGAUCUAAUAAUUACAAAAGAGACCCAGAUAUGAUUCAUAAUUGAUGAAUUCAGAUAUGAACUAGGAGGAAUAACAAUCAGGGGAUCUUUUGAUUCAGAUAGAGAAUAAGAUGAAUGAGUUGACUACUCUAAUGAAUAUGUUGGAAUAAUAGAAAUAAUAAUAAUAAUAAUAAUAGUAGUCUGGAAGCAAGGGGAAAAAGAAGAAGAAGAAAAUACUUAAGUAAACGAUUUGA